CACUCACUUUGCCCCGGUGCUUCCAGCCCAUAAACCUACACCCGCACUCGAUAAGCGCAUAGACAUGGCCCUCAGGACUCCGGAAAAAGUGCAUGACCGAUUAUCCAGUGAUGAUCUGGAGAAGGAUGACCAAGAUCCAGAACAUCUCACAUCAUGGCGGCUAGGCGUCGUUAUUACCUCGCUGUGUCUCGGUGCAGUGCUCUAUGGAUUGGACAUGAACAUCAUCGGCGUUGCAGUACCCGCGAUCACAUCUGAAUUUCAUUCUUUGGACGACAUUGCAUGGUAUUCGGCUGUCUAUCUACUAACGAUAACCGCAUUCCAGCCAUUUUUCGGAAACAUUUAUAAGUACUUCCCGGCGAAGUCUGUAUACGUCGUCUCUAUAAUUUUUUUCGAAAUCGGGUCGCUAGUAUGCGCAACCGCAAGCUCAUCGCCGGUUCUCAUCUUCGGACGAGCUUUGCUGGGGUGCGGAGCCGCCGGACUGCUGCAGGGAGCGUUAGGAAUCGUAAGCUUCAUCGUAGAGUUGGAAAAGGUUCCCAUGUAUCAGGGUAUUAUCGCCGCAGCGGCUGCAAUCAGUGCGACCGCGGGCCCUGUUAUAGGGGGUGCACUCACUGAUCAUGCCAAUUGGAGGUGGUGUUUUUGGAUCAACAUACCGAUCGGUCUUACUGUGGCCGUUGGUGUUUUCUCCUGCUGCCAUCUCUGCAAUGAUACAAAUAAAGGAAACCUACAGCUACCGCUUCGUGAAAAGCUGCGGCAUCUUGACCUCAUCAGUACUGUCAUCUUCCUGGGCGCCAUCGUCUCGCUUCUACUUGCUCUGCAAUGGGGAGGUCGGACUAUGGCCUGGAAUAGUGCUAAGUCUAUCGGUCUAUUUAUCUGCUUCGGUACUUUGACGAUCAUCUUCAUUAUCGCACAAUGGAAGUUGGGUGAAUACGCGACGAUACCCUUUCGCAUCGUUAGGAUUCGUUCCGUCUACAUGGGUGCUAUGGUCCUCUUCUUCCUCGGUGUUGCGAGUAUUUCGCUGGCGUUCUACCUCCCACUUUAUUUUCAAGCCAUCCAGGGUGUCUCAGCAACUCAUAGCGGGAUUAACAUGCUUGCCUACGUGGCGCCUACGAUCGUCUCGAUAGGUAUCACGGGUGCAUUGGUGUCAAAGCUCGGCCAUUAUGUUCCUUUCAUGGUGGUAGGAGCUGCAAUUGGUAGCAUUGCGGCUGGAUUUAUGACGCGAUUUGACGCUGACACGCCAACAUUAAGAUGGGCAGCAAUAGUUGUUGUCCAUCGAAUUGGCCUAGGUAUGGCACAACAGCUGCCAUACACUGCGCUACAGGCAGUGCUAGAAACUGCCGAUACCUUGACGGGUAAUGCAAUUGCGAUUUUCUUCUGGCAACUAGGAGGCGCAGUCGCAGUUUCCGUCGGUCAAACCCUUCUUCUCAACAACCUCCGUGUCAACAUUCCAAAAAGCAUCAGCGGAGUAGCCCCACAAGAUGUUAUCGAUGCCGGUGCCGGAGGUAUCGCGGCCAUCGCACAAAGUCCUCUGGCGCUCCGGAAAUUACGCGAAGCCUACGCCGAGUCGUUGAAAGGUACUUUUGUGCUCGCGCUGGUGGGAUCGUGUCUUGCGCUGCCAUUUGCCGCCGGGAUGCAGUGGUUGAACAUCAAGAAGGUUGCAGAAGAUCGCAGGAAUCGAGCUGAGGUGCAAAAAAUGAAUGCUAGAAACAUCUCGGACAUUGAGGUUAAACUUAGAGGUUUUCAGCGGCCGGUGAGCUCUGUUUGAGGGGCUAUAUCUUAUGUUCAACCUCAUUUGGCGGGCGCACCUACUGGAAGUGGUGUUUGAACCACCCCUAUCGUUGGUUCUUUACAACAUGUGCGAGUCGAAAAGUCGCUGCGUCCACACUGUUCAUAGAGGGGUUAAAACAUGAGGCGCUAUAUUCAAAAAUGAAAAUACU